CUUUUGUCAGCAGCCGACUUAAAACCUCUCCGGCGACAAAGAGGAGCAGCACCUCUGUUGGAACACGCGCCUCCGGAAGAAGAAACACGGUCAUGGGUAGACUCUCAUUAACCAGUUCCAUUCAGAGAUUCCGCUUCUUCUCCUACUUAUCUCAGCUUAAUGCAAGAAGAGGUGUUGUCCCUUGCUCUAGCUAUGGAAGUCAUUAUUAUCUUUCGUCUUUAGCUGAAGCUUCAGACUGUGAGCUUGAUGAAUCUCCAGAUGAUACCAACAUAGUGGAGAAAGACACUAAUCUUCGUUCAGCAUUAUCAGAGCUUUCGGUUUCAGGCGUUUUUGAUGAAGACUCUAAGUUGUGGUUGCAGCGGUUCUCAAGAACACGGAGAGUUUCUGUCAUAUCUACCGGUUCACUUAACCUUGAUCUAGCUCUAGGUGUUGGAGGAUUACCAAAGGGAAGAAUGGUUGAGGUUUAUGGUAAGGAAGCUUCUGGAAAGACAACUCUAGCUCUUCAUAUCAUCAAGGAAGCUCAAAAGCUUGGAGGCUAUUGCGCUUACCUUGAUGUGGAGAAUGCCUUGGAUCCUAGUUUAGCUGAGUCAAUAGGUGUGAACACAGAAGAGCUUCUAAUAUCAAGACCUGAUUCCGCUGAAAACAUGCUGAGUAUUGUUGAUGUGCUAACCAAGUGUGGAUCAGUAGAUGUCAUUGUAGUUGAUAGUGUUGCUGCUCUUGUCCCUCAAUGUGAACUUGGUGUUCCUCUUGGAGAUAGAUACAGAGACAGACAAUCAGUAAUAAUGACACAAGCGCUCAGAAAAAUCCACUUCUCAGUUGCUAAUUCUCGUACGCUCAUCGUUUUUCUUAACCAGGUCAGAUCACAUGCCAAAUCUAACAUGCGUUUCCCACAUUCAGAAGAAGUGACUUGUGGAGGAAACGCAUUGAGAUUUCAGGCAGCUAUACGUCUCAAAAUGAUAAGAACAGGGCUGAUAAAGACUGACAAUGAGAUAAGUGGUCUGAAUGUGUGCGUGGAAGUGGUGAAAAACAAACUAACGCAAGGAAAGAAGAAAGCUGAAUUGGGGAUUCACUUUGGUCGUGGCUUCUACGUGGAGCGUGAGGUAUUAGAAUUGGCUUGUGAGCAUGGAGUUAUUGCAAGAGAAGGUAAUAGCCAUUUGAUUGAAGGCGAGGUUGUUGAUGGGAAAGAAGCAGCUGAAAAGUAUCUGCUGGAAAAUAAGGAGGUCCUUGAUACCGUCAUUAGUAUCCUGAGGAAGCAGCUCUUCUAGAUGUGUCAGAGAGAAUUCUGUAGAGCUUUUCCAUCAAGUGAAGACUUUGAGGCGUCUCAUUUAAGCAAAUGUGGAACAUUCUUUCAGUAACUUAGCUUUUCUACUUAGCCAUUGUGAACAGUUCAGGUCAUGCAACCCUUUGUGUGUCUCUUCUUAUUGCAAUGUAUAUCAAUCGUUUAUGGAAUGUGCGAAGGGUGUUUGAAGAAACAAUAUGUAUAUAUAAUGUUUUCUUAAACUAAUAUAAU